CAUCUGGGGUUUUUUUUUCUUUCAAUAUUUUCAUCAGCGUGUCUCUUACGGGACUUUGGAAACAUCGUCCAGGAAAACCGCCGCCGUGUUGUCCGCCUCCGGGGAAAGUUAUGGAAAACAACGAGCCGAUGGUCGCUUUGAAUGGGACUCAGGUUUCAUACAUCGGCCAUGACUGUAAGGAGAUUCCCAGUUUUCUUGGAGAAACAUACGGCCAACUGGCGAGACGCCUUGAUCUGAGUUUCAAUGAACUCAGGUCACUGGCGGGCCUCAAAAUGUUCACUGAGCUGGAAGAGCUGGUCGUCGACAACAAUCUGCUUGGAAAUGACCUCCAGUUGCCCAGGCUACGCAACCUUCACACCCUGACACUCAAUAAGAACCAACUGACUGAUAUCGAGGCCCUGCUGGAACACUUGGCUGACGUGACCCCGUCACUCCACUACCUAAGCCUGCUGGGAAACGAGGCCUGUCCCAACCAGCUGGUCAGCCCGGAUAAGGAUGAGGACGACUACCAGAGAUACAGGUACUUUGUUCUGUAUAAACUCCCCCAGCUGAAGUUUCUGGACACCAGGAAAGUGAGCAGAAAAGAAGUGAUGGAAGCGCAGGCGCGAGGGGCGUUCAUGAAAGUGGUCAAGCCCAAGUCGGAAGCCAAAUCGAGUGAAGCUGGAUCAGACAGUCAGCCCCUGCCUUACACUCCUCUACCUCGAGGAUCCAGAGAUGCCAAGAACCACAAAGGUGUGUUUGCCAAGUGUCGCUACGUCUACUAUGGAAAGCACUCUGAAGGCAACAGAUUCAUCCGAAACGAUCAGCUCUGAUGGACAGCGGCUCUGACGUAAACAGGGACUUAAUGGCAGUGGAAGCUAACAGAAAAACAGAGGCUCAAUUCAGUCUUGUAUAUAUUGAAAUCACUUGUGACUUUUGAAUCCAUGAAGCUCUGACUGGGUGAAGUUUGCCACUCAUCAACAAAUGCUCUUAUAGCUUUCUAAUGAGGUAAGUGUUGAGUGAUGACCCUCCGAUCCAUUGGUGGAUUUGAAUGUCGCAGCUUUCUUUCUGCAUCUCAUAAUGACAGCCUCCGAUAGCGUCUCUCACUCAGGUCAGCCACAGAGCAGGUUCUGACCCAGCUGGUUUCAGCCUCCCUGCUGGCAGCUCACAGCCGGUGAUGACUCCCCCACUGACACGAUUGCCUCUGAGCAUCAGCAAGAACACACACAAACACACACACACACACACGCACAAACACACAGCCUCAGCAGCAAACAGACCCAGCCAGUUGUAUCCUUGUCUCUGACAGUCAUGAUGGAUCACUUCCUUCGCUAAUCAGGGGUGAGAGAGGUGACGGCGGCACACCUGAGGCCUGACAUGAGCUCCUCUUUCAUUCUCGCUCUCUCUCACGCACACGAAACUAGUUUAAAACAUUGAUGCACUGUAAAGAGCUUGACAGAACCGUUUAUACAUCCUUGUUAAGCAUUCCUAUGAUUCCAAGUUGACACCUGAGGCAUUAUCAGUGCAGCUUGUUUAGUUUGAGUUCCAUCCUGUGUUUUUUAUCUUUUUGUGUCUUAAACACCUGAUCAUUGAGUGAUUAUCUGUUCAGUUUCUAUUGCAGGACUACAUGUGUUUGAAUUUGUUAUCAACUGAAAUAUAUGGACCAAAUGCAAAAUCUGCCCACUGAAAGCUUUAAUCAAGACCAUCUAUGAUCCCUGAGAUACUCUGUUAUUUGACGGUUGGAUUUUAUUUCUUUCUUGUUUUCUUGCAUUAUUUGUUCAACUUGUAUUAUAAACAAACUGCAGAUGCAAAUUCUUCAACCACUGAGAAUAUUGUUGAUAUUUAUAUUGAAGGUAAAUUAUUUGAUCAAACUGAUGUUUUUGGGGUUUUUUUUAAGUGAAAAACCGAGUAUAACAGGGUAUGAUUGUAACUAUAGUAUUAUCAAAAUUGAUCUUUACACUUGGCCAGUAAAAUAGGUCAGUGUUUAAAGAAAAUAGAGUUUGAAUAAAGGCUAACGUUUGAAGUGUUCAAGUUAAAAACCUUUCUUUUUGAAAAUGUCCAAAGUAAAGUAAAUCUCCUUUGCAGUCUUGUAGUCAGUCACACACUGAGUUUUAACCACAUUGCUGAACAUGCUACUGUUUGUCUCAGGCCAAUUCAUUGUUGUUGUUUGCAGCUGUUAGGAUCAGUGAUAUCAAACAGACAGUCUUAUUUGCAAAGCAUAUCGCAUUAAAUUUACUGAUAAAAUUACAUUUCGAUAAAAUAACUACAAUCACUAUCAGUUAUUUCUCUUUGUAAUAAUUGUUUCUCUUUUAAUGUGGAAAAACUUAACAUCCUCCAAGAUUUUUCAAACAGCUCUCCGUUGCCCGCCACAUGUCGGCCCUGAUGAGUGAUAAAUGUUUAUAUUAUGCCUUGUGCUUUGUUGUCGAGACUGUUUUAUACUGUUAAAUGCUGCCUUUUUCUAUCCUAUUGGAACAAAGAAGAAAUGUUCAGGAAAGUCCUGAUGUGAAUCAAUCUGUGAAAAUGCUGAUUUGAUGUGAAAUUGCAGCUGGAUGUGAUUAAAAGCCUUG